GUUCUUAUAGAUUCGAGUAUGUACCGUCUGGCGCCAGUAUCAGAAGAGACCAAUGGGAAUGGAAGACGCUAGCUAUGAUGUGGAUAACACGGAAGAUGUGAACGAAAUUCUGCUGCAGGUGUGCCGUGUGCUGAGUUUCACUGUGAUCAUCAACACUCUCAUCUACAAGCUGCCUCAGAUGGUCGUCAUCAUUCGCACGAGUUCGUCUUUCGGAAUCAGUCUGAGAAGUGUUAUCAUUGAGUGGCUGGCGUAAGUAUCAGAGAAAUGUUAUAUAUUAAAUGUGAAUGGCUGGCGUAAGUAUCAGUUUGAGAAGUGUUAUCAUUGAAUGGCUGGCGUAAGUAUCAGUCUGAGAAGUGUUAUCAUUGAAUGGCUGGCGUAAGUAUCAGUUUGAGAAGUGUUAUCAUUGAAUGGCUGGCGUAAGUAUCAGUUUGAGAAGUGUUAUCAUUGAAUGGCUGGCGUAAGUAUCAGUCUGAGACGUGUUAUCAUUGAAUGGCUGGCGUAAGUAUCAGUUUGAGAAGUGUUAUCAUUGAAUGGCUGGCGUAAGUAUCAGUUUGAGAAGUGUUAUCAUUGAAUGGCUGUCGUAAGUAUCAGUCUGAGACGUGUUAUCAUUGAAUGGCUGGCGUAAGUAUCAGUUUGAGAAGUGUUAUCAUUGAAUGGCUGUCGUAAGUAUCAGUCUGAGACGUGUUAUCAUUGAAGGGCUGGCGUAAGUAUCAGUUUGAGACGUGUUUGAUUAACUUGGAACUGUUUAUUUUUAGAAACUAGAAAGAUACAGUUUUUUGGUAAUAUUUGUUCCCCUGUCACCACAGUGUAAUCUUUGCCCCCCCCCCCUCGGUUACAUCAGAGUCAUCCUUGGCCACCUGUCACAACAUGGUUAUCUUUGACCACCUGUCACAACAGGGCCACCUUUGGCCACAUUUCACAACAGGGCCACCUUUGGCCACCUGGCACAACAGGAUCAUCUUAGGCCACCUAUCACAACAGGGCCACCUUUCGCCACCGUUCACAACAGGGCCACCUUUGACAACAGGGCCACCUUUGGCCACCUGUCACAACAGGGCCACCUUUGGGUCCCAGAUUCCUUUUUGUUUAAAAUCCACGUUUCCCAGACACUGAAUGGUUGCCAUGGGCGUCUAUCCCCGCCCCUGCGUAGACGCCCCUGAUGAAUGCUACCUACAACUUGAGAUUUUCCGAAUGCCCAAUUGACAGAAAGUUCAUCCAAAUCAAAUGUUCAUCCACCUAGUCUGUACACAUCGUCUCUAAAUGUUUAAUUUGUUCAGUUCAUCAACAUUUCAUGAUUCAUUCACGGGUUAACAUCAGCAUUGAGGUAAGAAUGGGAACCGCUGUAAAAUUGACCAGUCCACUCUAUACUGUCUUUAAUUGAAACUGACACCACAAGGCAAAUGGCUAACACAUAAACCUAUCUGUUUUAGGUAUACGAUUAUGUUAACGUAUCAGUUUGCAAUGGGCUUCCCACUGGAAACAUACUUCGAAAGUAACGUGACAGUAUUUCAAGGCAAGUAACUCUGUCCGACGAAGGCGUCCAGCCGAUGCGUCAUUUAAAUCGCCUUCUCUGUUCAUUUCGAAAUAAACAUAUCUUGUGCCACUGUUUAUUUACUAACUUGACACAGUAUGAGCAAAGCCCCUAAUGUAUGUUACUAAUCAUAUCUUGUUCAAAUAUUUAUUUACUAGACACGGGUUAUGAACGCAGACCCUAAUAUUUUAUGCUAAACAUAUCUCGUUCAACAGCUUAUCUAUUUACUAGAAAGGUAUGAACGAAGUCCCUCAUAUAUUAUACUCAUAAAUUAUACUAAACAUAUCUUGUUCCCCUGUUUAUUUACUUACUUAACACAGUAUGAAAGCAGUCCCUAAACAUAUUAUGAGCAUACAGCAAUUCCUUACCCUUACUUUUUACCACUAAAUUUCAUGUAAAUCAAAUAUUUGAAAUGCUGUGAAAAAAAGUGCUGAAAUUGUUUGAAGAAAAUGCUCUAAACUUGAGUGUACCACUAUCCAUCAGUCCUUUCAUUCUUUCGCCCACUUAUAUUAUCUUCCUUAUCCAUAAUGACUUAUAGUCUCCGAUCUUUAUUGAGAUUGACUUUUGUCGCCCAAAAUGGUAUGCUGAAAUAAAAAACAACAACCUUGAUUGAAAUAGACGUUUUCAUAAAUGCUCUCUGCAGAUCUCAAUGCUGAUUCUAUUUGUUUGAUAGACCAGAUCUCAUACUCAUUCUAUUUGUUUGAUUGACCAGAUCUCAUACUCAUUCUAUUUGUUUGAUUGACCAGAUCUCAUACUCAUUCUAUUUGUUUGAUUGACCAGAUCUCAUACUCAUUCUAUUUGUUUGAUUGACCAGAUCUCAUACUCAUUCUAUUUGUUUGAUUGACCAGAUCUCAUACUCAUUCUAUUUGUUUGAUUGACCAGAUCUCAUACUCAUUCUAUUUGUUUGAUUGACCAGAUCUCAUACUCAUUCUAUUUGUUUGAUUGACCAGAUCUCAUACUCAUUCUAUUUGUUUGAUUGACCAGAUCUCAUACUCAUUCUAUUUGUUUGAUUGACCAGAUCUCAUACUCAUUCUAUUUGUUUGAUUGACCAGAUCUCAUACUGAUUCUAUUUGUUUGAUUGACCAGAUCUCAUACUCAUUCUAUUUGUUUGAUUGACCAGAUCUCAUACUCAUUCUAUUUGUUUGAUUGACCAGAUCUCAUACUCAUUCUAUUUGUUUGAUUGACCAGAUCUCAUACUGAUUCUAUUUGUUUGAUUGACCAGAUCUCAUACUCAUUCUAUUUGUUUGAUUGACCAGAUCUCAUACUCAUUCUAUUUGUUUGAUUGACCAGAUCUCAUACUGAUUCUAUUUGUUUGAUUGACCAGAUCUCAUACUGAUUCUAUUGAUAUUGAAGAACAGGAAGCUCAUCGAGCCGAGCAUACUGCGCUAUUACUUUGUGUAUCCUUCACUUAAAACUAGCACUAAUGCUAAUCUUGGAUUGUCUUAAAACUAGCACUAAUGCUAAUCUUGGAUUGUAUUAAAACUAGCACUAAUGCUAAUCAUGGAUUGUAUUAAAACUAGCACUAAUGCUAAUUGUGGAUUGUCUUAAAAUUAGCACUAAUGCUAAUCAUGGAUUGUUUUAAAACUAGCACUAAUGCUAAUCUUGGAUUGUAUUAAAACUAGCACUAAUGCUAAUCUUGGAUUGUAUUAAAACUAGCAUUAAUGCUAAUUGUGGAUUGUCUUAAAAUUAGCACUAAUGCUAAUCAUGGAUUGUUUUAAAACUAGCACUAAUGCUAAUUGUGGAUUGUCUUAAAAUUAGCACUAAUGCUAAUCAUGGAUUGUUUUAAAACUAGCACUAAUGCUAAUCUUGGAUUGUAUUAAAACUAGCACUAAUGCUAAUCAUGGAUUGUAUUAAAACUAGCACUAAUGCUAAUUGUGGAUUGUCUUAAAAUUAGCACUAAUGCUAAUCAUGGAUUGUUUUAAAACUAGCACUAAUGCUAAUCUUGGAUUGUAUUAAAAUUAGCACUAAUGCUAAUCAUGGAUUGUUUUAAAAAUAGCACUCAUGCUAAUCGUCGAUUGUCUUAAAACUGGCACUAAUGCUAAUCGUGGAUUAUCAUACAAGAUCUGGCACAUAAAAUACACUAUAUGAUUUAUGUGAUAUAACAAUAUAACAUUGAAUGCAAGCAAGUACAUGGUAUGCCAAAAAACGAUGAGGAGUAGGGCCUACAAUAAAUGACGUGGUGUAUAGUAUGAAAUGGUGUACAAUAAAUGACAUGGAGUACAAUAAAUGGCACGGUGUGCCAUAAAUGACAUGAUGUGCAAUAAAUGACACAUAAAUGACAUGGUGCUCAAUAAUGAUAUGGUGUGCAAUAAAUGACAUGGUGUGCAACAAAUGACAUGGUGUGCAAUUAAUCACAUGUUUGGAAUAAAUGUCAUGGUGUGCAAUAAAUGACAUGGUGUAAAAUGAAUGACAUUGUGUACAUUCAAUGCCAUGGAGUACAUUCAAUGACAGGGUGUACAUUCAAUGACGUGGUGUAAAAUGAAUGACAUUGUGUACAUUCAAUGACAGGGUGAACAUUCCAUGACAUGGUGUAAAAUGAAUGACAUGGUGUAAAAUGAAUGACAUGGUGUACAUUCAAUGAUAUAGUUUACAUUCAAUGACAUGGUGUAAAAUGAAUGACAUGGUGUACAUUCAAUGAUAUAGUUUACAUUCAAUGACAUGGUGUACAAUGUACGAAAAAUUGAUCUAGUGAAAUCAAUGAUUGUCAAACCACCGAGGUCAUUUUUAUUUUGAACUCAAAUAUUUCCUUACGAACAUAUCAGAUACUUUGUGUUCUUUAUAUCGAUGGCCAUGCGUAUGUACCCCGACGCUGUGAUGUACAUCAGUAUCGUAAGUUGAGCAUCUUAAACUAAAAGCUUUGUUUCACUUCAAUUCACAUCCAGUGUUAAGAGUAGGUAGGAUCUCAGACGGAUAUAUAUAGGCCAAAACGGGCCAAAGUGUCCUCGUUUUAUAGCCAUUUUAAUUGUUUCUAUAGUAUAGUAGUUACUAUCCUAAUGUCUCAUUUUUAUUGUAGUUAGUUUACAUGUUUUUAAUAAUUGUAAAGCGCUUAGAGCUUUAAGGUAAGUGCUAUAUAAAAAUGCCUAAAUAAAUAAAUAAAUAAAUAUUGAAACAAAAUAACACACGUUCUAUUUUCUCGUUUUCUCAAUGGGAUGAUACAGAUUUAUUUUGUUUGCUUGGUGGGACCAGAGCUAGAGUGUUUGGCGCCCGGGGACAAGAUUCAUUUUAAAGCGCCUCCCAUUCUUUCUUUCUUUUUUUUUUUUUAAACUCUCAAACCCAUUAUUUUCAUCCAUAAAAUAAUAUUUAUUUAUUUAUUUAUUUAGGCAUUUUUAUAUAGCGCUUACCUUAAAGCUCUCAGCGCUUUAAAAUUAUUAAAAACAUGUAAACUAAGUAAAAUAAAAAUGAGACACUAGGAUAGUAACUACUAUACUAUAGAAACAAUUAAAAUGGCUAUAAAACGAGGACACUUUGGCACGUUUAAUAAUAUCAAAGCACUUUUGGCUCCCCUAGCUAGUCUUGCACCCAGGGACAUCUGUCCCCCCCUGCCACCCCUCACCCCCAACUAGUCUGGCACCCAGGGACAUUCGUCCCCCUAACUAGUCUGGCGCCCAGGGACAUCUGUCCCCCCUGCCCCUCCCCUUAGCCACGCCACUACGUGGGACACACUUAUGGCUAUCAAAAGAAUUUCUCAUGACUUUCAUUUAUCGUACUCUCUGAUUCCCCCUGCCCAACGCACGUGACAUCUCUGUUGUUGCUGUUAAACAUUUGUUCUAUCUUAGAGCGCCACGACUCCGAUGCUCUGUUGGAGUAAGCUGAAUCAACUCCUGCUCAUAUUAAAAAGUGGUAACGCUGGUAGCGUCAGCGCCAUCACGUGGUUUAUUGCGGCUUAUAAUACUGCUGGUGAGUUGACAACUUCCUGUGCUGGACGUACUUUUUAACAAGCGUCAUAAAACUUGACACCACACGACUUCUCUAUUGACAUAACACUUGAAAUCCCACUUGACAUCACACUUGACAUCUCACUCGACAUCACACUUGACAUCUCACUUGUCAUCACACUUGAAAUCUCACUUGACAUCUUGACAUCACACUCUACAUCACAUUUGAUAUCACACUUGGCAUCUUAUGUGACCUCCCACUCGACAUCAAACUUGACAUCUCAGUUGCCCUUACACGUAACUUCUGAAACGACAUCUCACUUGAAACCACAGUUGUUGAAUUGACACUUCACAUCACACUCUUCAUCAUGACACUUGACAUCUCACUUACCCAUCACAUUUGGCAGCUCACGUGACAUCAAACUUGACAUCACACUUGACAUACACUUGACAUCACGAUUCAGUCAAAAUUUGUGGUUGGUGUAAGACAGUUCAUCUUUACUUUAAAAGAUCAUUAUAAAACGCAGAAUGAAACACUAGAAAGUCCAUUGUGGUAAAUAGCUUAUCUGGAUCAGAACAGAAGAUAUAAUAUCGUUCAUACGUCCGAAUCUUGACUUAAUGUUCUGACCAUUCAAUGAAACCAUAUCUUUCCCCAAGUCCGAAUCUUGACAACUGUUGUAAACACCCAAUGAAACCAUAUCUUUCCUCAGUCCGAAUCUUGACUACUGUUGUGAUCACCAAAGAUUUCCCGAUGUUUGUCAACCUGGUGUCUAGUGAAGUGUUCAACGUUGCGGUCUUCUGCUCGGUCAUCUACUACAGUUACAUCAACAAACCACCACCGCAAAGAAGACGAUAUUACUAAUAUUAAUUAGUAUUAAAUGCUUGGCAAAUGGAACAGAUUCCUUUGUGGCUUAUUUUCAUUUUGAAAAAAAAAAUUGAGAAUAUAAACGGCACCAAUUAAAUGCUAUUUUAAAGGAAGAGUUUCUAUCAGAGCUUACGUUUAAAUUAAGAAGGUUUUAAC